AUGUAUUCUUCUAUCGGAGCCCCCCUCCACCUCCUUUUUACCUCCUCCAGAUUUUGACACCCCCAGUGAUCUACAUAGGGACUGAGCCUGCCUACUCUGAGGUCAGUUGUUGAAUGGGACAGGGUACAUCAAACUACAGCGCUUGUUUUGCAGCGAGAUAGAACACAUGUGGCACGGCACAGGCUUUAAAUAGUCCGUCGUCGCUUUUUCUGCUGGAUUACUGCUUGGAGAAUUCUGGACUGUAUUAGGCUCUACUAUAAAUGGAGUAAAGGUUCAACUUUUUAACGGGUUUUACUCUGGUUGGAUCUGCUCUGCGAUGAGUGAAGAGGAGCUAAGAAGCUCCCCCGCUGCUUUAGAGAGUGAGGAGGAUUAGGCUGGUGCUCAGUGGAGGCACGACGGCACUCUCACACUGCAACCGGAGCUGGAGCCAUGAGCAGGGCGCUUACGGAGCACAUCAUCAGUAGCUUCCGAGAAGAUGCUCCUCGUCCUCCGGUACCGGGGGAGGAGGGAGAGGCGUCAUGCUACAACCCCAGCAGAUCUGCCAAAAUGAGAGCCCAAAGCAAGGUUAAAGAUAUCCCCGCCGCCUGCGUGCCUCCCGGCUCCACGCCGCGGAGGAACGAGGAUGGACUCGGGGAGCCCGAGGGCAGCGCAUCCCCGGACUCGCCCCUAGUCCGGUGGACAAAGUCUUUGCAUUUUCUCCUGGGUGACCAAGACGGCGCUCACCUCUUUAGGACCUUUUUGGAGCGGGAGAAUUGCGUUGACACUUUGGACUUUUGGUUCGCCUGCAACGGCUUCAGGCAAAUGGACUUAAAGGAUACCAAAACGUUGCGAGUUGCCAAAGUUAUUUUCAAGCGGUACAUCGAGAACAACAGCAUUGUGGCCAAGCAGAUGAAACCGGCCACCAAGACCUUCAUAAGGGAUAGUAUUAAGAAACAACAAAUAGACUCUGCCAUGUUUGACCAGGCACAGACGGAAAUUCAGUCAAACAUGGAAGACAAUGCAUACCAGAUGUUUUUGACCUCUGACAUAUACCUCGAAUACGUGCGCACGGGCUGCGAAAAUGCAGCAUACAUGAACCACGGGAGUCUCGGCAGCCUGAAGUUGAUGUGCGGAUACCUUCCUCCUCUCAUGGAGGAAGAGGAGUGGAGUUGUAACGACCUGAAGGCAAAAACGUUAGGGUCUGUUGUUGGACUGUCUGCGAAAACCCUGAGGGCUACUGCUACCAUCCGGACAGCGGCUGAAGUGCUGGAGAAUAGUUGCAGGUCCCAUCGUCGAGGAGACCCUGCCAGCCCUUACUUUGUCAACUCUGGCUACAUUUUUGCCCCCGCCACCAGUGCCAAUGACAGCGAGAUCUCCAGCGAUGCUACGACGGAUGAUUCCAUGUCCAUGACGGACAGUAGUGUAGAUGGAAUCCCUCCAUAUAAGCUGGGCACAAAGAAGCAACUCCAGCGAGAGAUGCACCGCAGUGUCAAGAUCAAUGGUCAGAUCACACUACCCCACUUUCCUAGGACGCAUCGGCUGCCUAAGGAGAUGACCCCUGUGGAGCCGUCGGCCUUUGCUGCACAGCUCAUAUCCAAGCUGGAGAAGCUGAAGCGGGAGCAGGACACCAUGAGCUCGUUGGAGGAGAGGCUGCAGCAGAUCCAGGAGGAAGAGGAAAGGGAGGAGAGCGGUGAUCCCACCAGCAGCACCUCCCUCCAAAACCCUCUGCUCCCGUCUGGCAGCCAGUGCGAGGAAGACCCCCAGGCUAUCCUGGACGAGCACCUAUCCCGUGUGCUGAAGACACCCGGCUGCCAGUCACCAGGUGUGGUUCGACACUCGCCGCGCUCUCGCUCUCCAGAUCAGACAGAAGCUCUGGUGUCCUCUGGCCACGGGCCCUUCUUUGGUAACUAUCCAGGGGCCGCCAAGGUUCUCAUGACUGGCCGUCAGUCCACAAAGCACAUCCACCACCACUACAUCCACCAUCACCACGCUGGGCCCAGGACCAAGGAGCAGAUUGAGGCCGAAGCGGCUCAGCGCGUGCAGUGCCUCUGCCCUCCAGGGGGCGCCAAUUAUUCCGACUUCACCCCUGCUCGCUGCAGCACUUUGUCCAAACGGCCGAUUAAGGCCGCCGAUGAGGCCAUGUCCACCCGCCUUCCCCUAGAUGCCACCGACCGCUCUCAGAAUGUUUGGCAGUGGAUCCUGGAGAGUGAGAGGCAGGGCAAGCAUAAGCCACACAGCAGCACACAAGGCCUAAAGAAGUCCAACCCUCUGGACUCCAAGACCCUGCCCAGCCGGACUCACUCCUCUUGGGGCGGAGGCGGCAUUGGUAGCGGGGCUCACCUCCGUAGCCACCACCCAGGCCACCCUUUCAUCCAGGACCCAGCCAUGCCCCCCCUGCCCCCGCCCAACACCCUGGCACAACUGGAGGAGGCCUGCCGCAGACUAGAAGAAGUCUCCAAGCCCCCGAAACAAAGGCAUUCAACAGCAGCCAGCAGCCUUCAGAGAGACAGAAGCCAUCCAGCAGCUGGAGGCAGCCCGCUCGCCAGCCCUGGACUCACAGCAGACGAGUCUAAGGAGCUCGUGGUCACCUACUUCUUCUGUGGUGAAGAGAUUCCUUAUCGCAGCAUGAUGAAGACCCACUGCCUCACCCUGGGACACUUCAAGGAACAGCUUAGCAAGAAAGGCAACUACCGGUACUACUUCAAGAAAGCAAGCGAUGAGUUUGAGUGCGGUGCCGUGUUCGAGGAGGUGUUGGAGGAUGCCAAUGUGUUGCCCAUGUAUGAGGGCAAGGUCCUUGGCAAGGUGGAGAGGAUGGACUGAAAGCCACUUUGUUGCCAACCAACCAAUGCCCUUCUCCCGCCCAACCAAAAGCUAAACUGUCCCUAAAGAAAAGACUCCUAUUUUUUGUUUUGUUUUUUUCUAUUUCUUAAUAUUAAGCUAAACAGAGUUAAUAUAUCCAGCACAAGAGGAGCGAUUGAAGGAAGACGAGCCAAUGAAGUAUGCCGAACCCAGAGGAGGCACCGCCCCUCCAUGACUUUAUCAACCAAUCAGCCUUAGAAACACAAGGGAAUAACACGAGAGACUUAAAGACCAACACAAAGGGUGAUGAUGAUGAUUGGAGGCCAGUGGGGGGGAAACCCCGCCUCUUCUUAAAUAUAUAACCACUGAAGAUGUAGACGACUGUUUUUUCAAUGUGAUGAGAGACUGCCGAGUGCGACGGACUAGCACCAACCUGCUCUUAACACUCCGACAUCGCUCAGGCCGUCUGUACGUGUGCAUAUACAUACAUGCAUAUAUGUAUAUAUACAUGUAUUAUAUAUAGAGAUGCUUUUCGUCAUGAGUUGAAAGUUUUUAUUAAGUAUUUAUUGAGAAAGAAAACACCCACUCUUUACCCCGUUCCUUAGUCUUCUUAAAUAUACCCCUCCCUCCCUCCCUCCCUAUUUCCAGCCAAUGGGCAAGCUGCUUUGAAUGUUGGGAGAAUACUGUGGUGAUAUUGUUUGUUUUUGUCUGUUUUUUACUUUAUGUGACACUAGCCUAGCACCUCCCAUCGCCUUGUCGCCCCGUCUGAUCCAAACUAACAACCUGAGCAGCGGUCUUGUUCCCGAGGCGCACUGUUCCAUUCUAAUGGUCAAUCCCAGUCUUAUAUGCUGCUGAUAGUUUGUAAUGUUAAGUUUGUCACACUAGCAUUUCCUCUCCCACGUCCCCCGUCCCCCCCCACUCACUCUAUUCUUCUCCCAGUCCGGCGACAGAGCUCGGUCUUUUUUGUUGUGCCUUUGUUUGUAAAUCAGGCAUUGCACGAGGGGUGGGGGGUGUAAACAGAUACAUACAGAGAGGAGACCUGGAGCACAAGCUGUACCAUCUAAUAAUGGCAGUGUUUACAGCUCGCACACCAAAAUAACUCGUGCUAACAAGAACUAGUUUGGGUCACUUAAAACGACUUUCUCGGGGAAGUCAGCUAGCGUGGCACAAAAACACAGAAAAGUAAAAAGUGAAGAAUUAUGGCUCCGAUACCUUUUGAAUGUCGUUACAGUAACAUCGUAUAUAGCAGAGCUCCUGUAUACAUUGUAAUUAUGCAUUCUGAAGUAUGAAUACUGAUACAUGUGAUGCACACACACACACACACACACACACACACACACAGUAUCGCUGGUGUUUUAUGAGUACAGCACCUGUGCCUACAUGGACGCCAUACCAUGUGCUACCCUGUUUCAGGGUUUUAAUAUAUAUCCCUUGGUUUUCAGAAGGGUUUUAUGUUGAGAAAAUAUUUUUAUGCUUUUAAUAAUAUCCUGUAAUCAUGUUUUAUUUGUUUUACACUACGGCCAUUUGUUUUGUUUCAUUCUAUCUAAACUGUAAAUUAUACAUUAUAUAAAGAGUUUCAUUUAAAGAUUUACAUGGACCUAUAAUUAUUGUAAUUAUUGAGAGAUGUAGCCUUUAUUAAAGUUUUAUAUUUUUCAAAUGAAA